AUGGAGUCCAAGUCUGGGAAAGUCUAUCUACAGCCACGGAAACCAGGGAGGAAGUGGAAGGAGGUGUGGCUCACUCUGGUCCCUCCCAGCAGCAGCACCAUGGGGCGACUGGAGAUCCAGGAAAUACCAGGGACGAUCUCGGAGCAUGGUCUGCGUAAGCACCAGACUCUGGGGGAGAGGAAACCCAAAGUGAUCCGCCUCAGUGAGUUGCUCCAGGUGCUACGGCUGCCUCCCAACGCAGAGGCCUGUCCCAUGGAGAACAUGUGUGCCUUCUGUGUGGAGACUCAGGAUCGGACUCUGGUUUUCGCCGCCAACAAAAACGACUGCAACGUGUGGGUCAACAAACUCUGCCUCAGCUCCUUCCAGAAACCCAGAGUUCCAGAAGCAACGCCUCAGAUGGAGGAGAACGUGAUCUACGCCUCCGCAGACGACGUGUCGGAGUUUGUGGUGCGGGUGCAGAGCACAGAUGCAGCGCUGCGCUGUGGCCUGAAGGGGGAGCUCCGCCUCUGCGUGGACUCUGAGGCGCUGCGUCUCAGAGACCAGAAGAACACCUUGCAGGAGUGGCCCUACGCGCUGCUGAGGAGAUACGGCAAGGACCAGGGCUCGUUGUCCAUAGAAACGGGUCGUCGUUGUGACUGUGGUCCUGGAACCUUCAUCUUCGAGACGCCACGGGCCGAAUCCCUCUUCUGUCUGAUCCAGUCCACCAUCAAACGCAAGACCAGCCCCUCUGCUCUGGAGACCGACAGCAAAUCCAGCCCUCCAACCAGACGCUCCCCUUCCCCCAGACCGCACCAAGAUGGCCGCCACCCCACCAGUGUGUCGGCCAUCUUGGAAAAACCACUGAAAAGGGAGGAAGACCAGCUGGACGUCACCAGAGUGUCGGCCAUCUUGGAAAAAAAACUCAAAAUGGAGGAGAAAGAGCCCACAGUGAUGUCACAGCCCGCGCCGAUCACCCUCAUGCCGCUGCCGUCUCUGCCCGAGCUGAUCCCGCCCCAAACGGCGAGAAAGAUGUCAGAGAACGUGUACGCCGACCCGAAGGAGUGUCUGAGGUCUCCGGACGCAGGGAUGGCGCUGUACGUGGACCCGGCGAGCAUCCUGCCGCUGAGGCCGCCGCCCGAGACACAGGAGAGAGACCAGAGAGAGAGAGACCAGAGAGAGAGAGACCAGCUGCAGCCGGUCUACUCAGAGGUCUUCGAUAGAAUCCAAACGGAGACGGAGUAUAAGAACGAGUACAUUUACAGUGAGCCAGUGAGAGAGGAGGUGAGAGAGGAGGUGAGAGAGGAGGUGAGAGAGGAGGUGAGAGAGGAGGUGAGAGAGGAGGUGAGAGAGGAGGCGAGAGAGGAGGCGAGAGAGGAUCAGUUUGCUCACCUUUACGCUCAGGUGCGAAAACCCAACAAGCGCUCGCCAUCGCCUCAGCCCAAACCGCGGCGAGAGGCAAAGACGGUGGAGGACGAUGUUAUUUAUGAGAAUCUCGGGAUUAUUUAA